UACAAUCAGGAGCGUGCGCUUCUACCGGCGUCUGGACUGAAGCGGCUCAUGAGCAGGAAGCUAACGGCUCUCCGUGUUUUCAGCGAUUAAAGACAGAAAAAGUUGAAUUAAGUUUAUUUAAUUAAAACAGAAAUGUUGUGUUUAAGCGGGCUGUCGGUGGCGCUGGCUCUGGCUCUGGUCCCCGGUCCCUCUGAAGCCCUGAAGGAAGGAGAGUGUGAAGUGUGUGUGUCCUUCUUGGGGAAGUUUUAUCAGUCGCUAACGGACAACAACGUCAAGUUUACCAGCGCAGACAUCGAGAACGCCAUCGUCAAGACCUGCAAAGAUGCUAAAGGCAAAGAAAACCGCUUUUGUUAUUACAUCGGAGCAACGAGUGACGCGGCCACAAAGAUGAUCAACGAGGUGUCGAAGCCUCUCAGCUAUCACGCUCCCGUGGAGAAGAUCUGUGAGAAGCUCAAGAAGAAGGACAUGCAGAUCUGUGAACUCAAAUACGACAAACAGCUGGACCUGACCACCGUGGACCUGAAGAAGCUCAAGGUGAAGGACCUGAAGAAGAUUCUGGAGGAGUGGGGCGAGUCCUGCAAAGGCUGCGCCGAGAAGUCCGACUUUAUCCGCAAAAUCACAGAGCUGAUGCCCAAGUACGCCCCGGCAGCCGCCAAAGCACGGACAGAUCUGUAGAACAAAAACACAACUCAGGACUCUGACCAGACUGCUAACCAGGAGGAGGAGGAGGGGCGGGGGGAUGUCUUUUGUUAUUUGUUCUUUAAGGUGUACACUCAUUUGACCAUCCUGCACUGAUCCAGACGUCGGAGGAAUGAACAGCAACAAUCACGGAUUCACGGUUAACGAUGAAUUCAUCACACAGGAGCAUCGGGCGAAGGAGAGCGGCGAGCAGCGGGAGACGACUUUCUCUUUGUUGUCCUUUUACUGUGUUUGUAAGAUUCUGACCUUUCAGCCAACUCACUCUGAGCACUUCUCGAUGUUAACAAUGAGUCUUUAAAGAUGAUUUCUGUUCCUCCAAACUUUAACGUUACCCACCCUGCCAAAUACUGACCAUGAAGUCUGUGCCUUUAAAUAAAACUCGCACGCUCUUUACCUCAGGGUCGUCACCAAAAAGAAUUUAAAACUUUGAUAUUCUGGUAAAAAAAAAAAACAAUAUUGAAAACUGUUUCAAUACCACG